GGCCGCCUGAGCCCAGAGUGCCUGAGCCUCUCGUGAACGCUCUGUCUGGCCGACUGAGUCUGUCUGUGUGGCCGAGGGCGAAAGACAAAUCGUUGUUGAUUCGUUCGUUAGAAGUGUGGAGCGGUGGGUCAACCUUUUCCACAUCCCUAGAGUCUCAGAUUGACCACCUGUUGAUCGUUGGUUCCGGAGUGAUUGGAUCGUGGGAUCGGAUUGUUCAGGUGCUGGCUUUGUCGUUUCAUCAUCCACGCGAUCGACUGACACCAUGACCAAGCGCUCCUCCAGACGGGGAGGUCCGUCGGCUUCGUCCAGUUCGAGCACCUCGCACACGCCGGUCGUCAUGACCCCGGAUAGCGGCAGUGGCGGGGCUCGACCGCAUCGUUCGCCCAGUCCACUCUCGCCCACGCGCCUUACUCGACUGGACGAGAAGCGGGAGAUGCGCCAUCUCAACGAUCGCCUGGCUUCUUACAUCGAGCGGGUGCGGUCACAGCAGAUCGAAAUCGGCCAUCUCCAGCAUGAAGUCAGCACGAUUGAAGAAACCAAAUCCACCGAGAUCAUCACCAUGAAGAAUGCCUAUGUAUCUGAAAUAGCUCAGUUGCGCAAGGCGCUGGAUGAGACCUCCAAAGAGCGAGCGCGACUUCAAAUCGAUGCGGACAAGUUCGAAAAGGAGAACCGGGAACUGCGUGGUAAGUUACGCGAGAAAGAAAAGGGCUUGGAUCACGCCACGGUGGAAUUGAAGGGGCUCAUGUCGCGGUUCACGCUAAUGGAGGACGAGUAUAAGAAUGCGGACCAGGAGCUGCGCCAGCUCAAGCCCGAACAACAGCGACUGCUUCAAAAGUUGGACGAUGCCAAGCGCAAUUUAGAGGACGAAACUCUAAAACGGAUCGAUUUGCAAAACCAGUUGCAAACUGCUCAAGAGGGCCUCAAAUUUGAAAACCAAUUACUCGAGCAACAACUCAACGAAUCUCGAGUCCGAAAGCAGACGGAAAUCUCCGAAUUGGAUGGCAAGUUGACCGAGCAGUACGAGGAGAAGCUCCAAUUGUCCCUGAAUGAGCUGCGCGAGACCUACGAGCAACAAUUGUCCGAGAACCGCAACGAGUUUACCCGCGUUUACGACAACAAAUUGAAGAGUCUUCAGGAGAAAUUGGAUCGAGUGCGAAGCGAGAGCGCUGGUAGUGUGCAAGAAAUGAGAGAACUCGAGACCAAAAUCACCGGACUGACCUCGCGAAACUUGGAGCUCGAAUCGUCCAAUGCUACCUUGGCCAAACGUAUGGAAGAGCUUCUCCGAGACAUGGAUGCGGCAGCCAAAAACUUCCGAGCCCAAAUGGCU